AGGAAGUGAAGACGCAAUUGUACAGCAAACAGAUACAGUGACUGCUGAACAGACUUGAAACAGGACAUUCACUAUGGAAAGUCCCAUCAAAGAAGGAAUAUUGCACACCCAACAGCAGAAGUUUGGAAAGAAGGUUUGGAAGAAGAACUGGUCUGUAUUGUACUCAGCAAGUUCAUCCAGCACUGCCAGAUUGGAACAGUUUGAUGCAAAGGAUUUCAGUAAUGCCUUGGACAGAUACAACCCAAAAAGACUGGAGAGGAUCAUUCGUUUGGCUGACUGUAUCAGUAUCAGUCAGAAUAGAGUGGAAAACUCUCCAAAAGAGAUGUCAACAUUCAGCAUAAUCACCACUGAGAAAACCUACAUAAUGGCAGCUUCAAAAUAUGACUUGCUUGAUUGGAUCAAGUGCCUGUGUGAGUUAGCAUUUCAGAACACCAGUGCAAGAAAACAAAAUGAAAAUCUUUCUGCGUCCAGUGGCACAUUGCCCAGCGACUCAUUAAUAAUGGAAGAAAAUGAGCUUUAUUCAACAAUACCUCAAGCUGUUAAUCAAUUCACUGUGAUGGUGCAGAAGACUGAGGCUGCAACAAGAUGUGAGCUUCAUGGAACGUAUCUGUUAAUAGCUGGCAAAGACAGCCUAAUUUUGAAAGAUCCCAAAACUAAGCAAGAUGUCUACAAGUGGCCUUAUCAAUAUCUUCGGAGAUAUGGAAUGGAUCAGACGACACUUACAUUUGAGGCAGGGAGAAGGUGCGAUUCAGGAGAAGGCCUUUUUCUAUUCAACACAAAGGGAGUCAGAGAAAUUUUCCACAUUAUUGAAGCAGCUGUUAAAGAAAAAGAGUCUGACAAAAUACAACGAAACUUAAGUUUAAUUUCUGUUGGCUGUCAGAGUUCCACGGCAUUCAGUCGACAACUACCUAAUGCAAUGACAUCUUCUCAGGAAUCUUUGGAUGAAAAAACGUCAGGUGGAAUGAUGCCUGUCUCGAAGAACGCGCAGGUCACUGAGAUGAAUCCAAAGAUAACUAAGAUAGUAAAACCUCAGGAUUGGAAAGGCCAGGCAGCUCUCGGUGGAGUUGUGCCAAGUGCAGCCACAGGGGGAGAAAGGAAAGUUCCUACAACCAACGAAAGGGAGGGUGCAAACGUCCCAAUUCACGUCAUUUAUGCCACGGUCAAACAUUCUAAACGUAAGUCAACGAAAGAUAAGGUGGAGGAAUCAACAGUUAAUUCUACAAAAUACAGAGAUAGUUGCAGUGAUGACUGUUCCACAGAUCCAGUGUAUGAGAACGUUUCUGAUUUUGAAACUCAGUUGUCCUUUGAGGAAGAACCAUCUUUUCUCAAGGACAGAAAAGGGUCAAAAUACCAAGAUUCAGCAGAGAGUAAUGAAGACCAGAACGUUCCUUUUCCUAAGUCAGUUUCUGUCCCAUAUUAUGAGAACAUUAGAAGUGAAUGGAGUCAGCAGACUAUACAAGAUGAUCAUGUUGAAAUGGGUCCAGUCAACAAGGAAACUGAACUGCACCAAACUCUUCCUGGGUCAAAGAACAAGCAAAGAGACAUUUCCUUAAACCCUGGAGCCUCUAAAGUCACAAAAGCAAAAUUUCCAGCUGGUAUCAAGGAGUUUCUAGAUGAUCUGUAUUCUAAAGAAUUGAGUAAAACACGAGAAAGCAAGCUAGAGAGGGCUGGUAGAACAUCUGAGCUCGAGAAAAAAUGUGAGUGAUGUGUCCACAUGAUUAUUAAGACAGAAAUAACAUCUUUAAGGGUCUUUGCGAUUUAUCAGGCAUUCAAAAAUUACUUUGUCAUAUUCAAAACUUUUUUCUCUAAUAAUCUGCAAUUACAGUUUGAGUGAUCUAGACGGCCAAAUCUUUUUGGGCCUGAUUUUUUUGGUCUAGAGUGAUGUCAAAGCUUAUGGAGGGUAGGCAGGAAGGUGGAUAUAAGGCCACAAUCAGAUUAGCCAUGAUUUUAUUCCAGGGCAGAGCAGGUUCCUGGGGCCAAAUGGCCUACUGCUGUUCCUAUUUCUUAUGUUCUUAUUAGAACCUCCCUGCUCACAACAGAUUGUCACCAUAGGCCAGUGGAAGAAAUCUAGUCCAUAUAGUAUUUUUCCAUCUAGUGGGGAAAUGGGCUGGUCACAGUGGAGGGUGGGCCGUAAAAUGCGGUGAGCCAUUCAAAAGUCCAUUGACUUCAGCAGGACUGGAAAAUACCACUGUUAGGAGGGGCCAUAAAAUGCCACCUGGUGACAAGCAUAUUUUAUGUAAAGAGUGAGGGAGCAGAACAACACAAUGAGGUAGAAUACUACUACCACCUUAAUCUCUGAGAUCUAAACUGUAAUCUGACCCAGAUUUAGGGUGUGAAGUUCUGUUCUGUCUGAUGGCUGUUAAAUAGUCACAUGUAAAAUUGGAUUCACAUCUGAUGGGCAUGAUUUGUAGCACAUCAGUAGCACAUUCAGAUUCAGUCUACAUUGGUAAUCUCACUGUGUGAGGCAUCAAAGGUAAGGGCUGUAGUAAAUUAAAGUUUUUUUUACAUGUAGAGUAUAAUGAUGGCAUUAGGUUGGAUUUUUGUCACAGGUUCAAGAAGGGCAAGUUGAGGCAGUUCCCAACUUUAUUAAUCCAAACCCAUCACUUCCUGCAUAUCUGCCAUUUUUUCGCCUCCUAGAGACAUGGCGGGCAAGGUUUGGAUCUGCUGCUUCACUAGGCAGGCCCGAAGUAGAGUUGGAAGAGUGUGAGUGAUGAGGUGGGCUAUUUAAAAGGCCUGUAUUCAUUCUCGGGGACAUGAGCCAGCUCUCCACAUCAUUCUUGUGGCCCCUCAACCCCACCAUCCCACGCACUAUCAUAUCGCCCAAUGCCCCCUCACAAGCCCCUUCCAUGAUCCCCAUAUAUCCUCCAUAGUCACUUAUCCAGUCUGAAUUGAACAUGAAAAAAAAUUGAAAAAAAUAAAAUAAAAAUUAGAAUGUUACAGCUGUCACUCAAACACACCUCCAUUCAUACUUCACAGAAAAAAACCCAGAUCCAUUGGAAAAAAGUUAAAUGUGCUCAAGUGGUCAUUGUGUCAUACAAACAAUAACAGACAGAUAGUUUUUUAAUAACCUCCUAAUGCUGUUAAUCAAACUGUGUACACAACGACCUUCUGAACUAAGAGCUUCGGAAGCUUUUGAAACUCAGCCAAUCAAUCAUAAUGGGUUGAGGUGCCAAAACAAACCAUUACAGUUCCAGGCAAUGAAAUCUUUUGAAAUUGAAAGAACAGAUGGCUAGGGUUUUUCCUAAGCUACACAGGUGGCCUGUCAUUCAAAAAAUUACAGGAGCUGGUAACUAUUUUUUUGUUCAAAGUUAAAACAUUAGACAUUGAAAGCACUUCUGAUAAUGGCAACAGAGUUCUCAAGCACUGUUCUUCUACAGAUUUGAGUGCAUAAUAGCACUCUUUCCAAUGGGAAAUCUACUCUAAUGCAUCUCAAUGCUUACACAAAUGUUGGUCUUUUCAGGACAGAGCCCUAUGACCAAUCACUGCAGUAAAGAUACAUUUAACUGAUCAGACUGCAUCUAAUAAUAACGGUUGAAGUUGUCAAAACACUUAACACUUACCUGUCAGAAUAUUCCUGACUCCUUAGCAGGCUUCCCCCAUGGUUCCUGAACUCUCUUACCUGGCAGAUUUCCCAAAGGUUUCCAAAACCUACCUGACCCAAUGAAAAUAUUUUGAGACAUGAAAUACAGAUUUCCCUUGGGCCUGUCAAUGAUAGCCCUGACACCAUAGGCCUGGCGUGCAGGGUAACUAUCCAAAUCUAAUCUGAGCUUCUUCUCGCAUAUGGGAAGUUUCCAUGGGGCUUCUUUUGAGGUGGAAGUUCAAAUUUCCAGUCCUAUGGCCUUAAUUUUGCUGAACCCCGCAUCCAUUCCCAACUUUUUUGGGACACGAAAAUUUGACCCAUAUUCACUAUUCAGAAUGGAUAUUGCUAAUAAAAAGAGACAUGUUGAAGCUUUUUGUCUUGCCCUCAUCAGGACAUUUUGCAAGAAUACCAAUAUAAGGGCCAAUAAAUAAUUUGGUAGAAGCAUUGCCAUGGAAAAUGCACCAGUGAUGGUGACUGACAGUUAACUGCCAAACAUUGUUUGAAAUUUAAACCAGACAGCUUGACCAAUCAGGGCCAAUUAUAAACUUCUGCAAGUAAUGGAUAAUAUAGGCUUAUGCAAGUACUGUUUGACCAUGGAGUGUGAAUGCUGAGCUGGGAGGCAUCAGUACAAAAUUAAAAGUGCUAAACAGACUUUAGGGUAAUUGAACUAUAAAACAUUCUGGUGACACCAUGUUAUAUAAGCAUGUGACAACUGUGGAACUUUUAAUUGGAUCUGAUGUGCCAAGAAAUGGCAGGUAUUCUUUCAAUGUAGAUAAACAUUAGAACAAAAAAAAAUGAAGGGAUAUCUAGCCACAAAGGUGAAGAGCAAACACAUUUAGAUUGAAAUCUCUUGAAACCUUUUUUACACAGGACCAGCAGAAAGCAAACCCCUUCAUCUCAUGAGUUUGUGUUACAUACAAAUCCAGGUGCCAGUGGUAAAAGUUUGAUGUGUUGAUCCACUACUCCACUCAAUCUAUUGGAGAUAUUUCUAAAGUGUAUCUGCACUGUGCAAUGAGGAUUGCGUUCUUAAGGAGUAAGCUCCAACUACGUUGUUGUCAUGCAGGAAGAACAUGUACUUUAAACUAACUUAACGCUGAUUUACUUUCACAUCACCUCAGAACAGAUCAGAAAUGAUUUUGCAUCAAUUACAGAUCAAAAGCACUUCAUUAGUUGUAAGCAUUUUGAGGUUUAAUAAGAUCACAGAUAGAGUUAUAUAAAUCCCCAUUUUUCUUCUUUCUUAUUGGCUUAAAAGGCCCUGGAGAAAUAUCAAAUCCAGAAUAUUACUGUUAAAGAGAUACCACUCUAUCCUUGCAUUAGUCAUUCCACCCUCCACUUAAUAAGCUGCUAUCUCCAGUAGUAGAAUAAUCCUUGGCAUAUUGCCUUCAUUUAAAGUGGGAUGGGUUCCCAGAAAUAAAAUAAAUACUCAUUAUUCUAAAGAGUAACUCAUUCGCAGUGAAGAAGCUUUUCAUUCAUUUGUUAGCCAGUGAUGCUUGGAAGGGCCACAGCUUAGAUUAAGCACAGGGAUUAAUUAAUACAAACAUUGCUUCAUGUGUCCUGUGAUGCAGGAUAAUCAAACUCAUUUCAGUAAUUGCAUUGGAUACAGUGAAAAUUGUAGGUGGGACUGAAAGAACUGGAAUUCGCAAGUACAAGAGUGAAAAAAAGAGACAUUUCACACCAAAGGAAACUAAAAUUAUGCCACAUUAUUGCUGAAUGUAUUAGUUGCUGCUUUAAAGGCAGAAGCAAUGUGCUGCAGUUCACCAGCAUUUCAUAAAAUAUUUUAGGCUUCCGAGACAAUCUGUUUUACAUAUGAGUACCCCUUUCUGUGUUUAAAUGUGGCCUCAUAACAAUGAAUCUAAGUAUUGCAUUGCUGCCAAUGGAAAAUACCAUCUUUAAGCAAUACAGGGCAUAAAGGGCAAUUCUGGCAUUUGAUAUUUAAACUUGCACACCUAUAUUGGGACUUGUCUGAUAACUGUAGCAUUUUUUUUUCAAUAUUAUGCAUCUCUAUGUUCCUGAGCACUUAACAUUCAUUAUGUGUUAAGAUCAAUGUAAUCCAGAAUAAACUGAAUAAUAAAUAUCUCUACUUUGCUGUU